ACGCUCGCUGCUCGUCCCGUGCCUGGCGUCUUGAGCUGCUCCACAGGUGCUCCCCGACGGCGCCGCGCAGGGGUCUCGCACCGCCGCCUGGCUACCGCGACUUCGUGGGUGCCCUCCUCCGAGGCUGAUCAUUAACCCAAAGGCCUUGUAAGGAGCGAGUGGCCUCGGCGGUAGGCACACCUCAACCCCGCCGCCAUGGAAAAUAGCACCCUUGCGCCCCACGAGCGCAUCCGGAAUGCAGCCGACAUCUCUGUCAUCGUCGUGUAUUUCGUGGUGGUGAUGGCUGUCGGGCUGUGGGCUAUGUUUUCCACUAAUCGUGGGACCGUUGGAGGCUUCUUCCUGGCAGGACGGAGUAUGGUGUGGUGGCCGAUUGGAGCUUCUCUUUUCGCCAGCAACAUCGGAAGUGGCCACUUUGUGGGGCUGGCUGGGACGGGAGCAGCUGCAGGCAUCGCCACUGGCGGCUUUGAGUGGAAUGCCCUGAUUUUCGUGGUUGUGCUGGGCUGGUUGUUUGUCCCUAUUUACAUCAAGGCUGGGGUGGUGACGAUGCCAGAGUACCUGAGGAAGCGAUUCGGAGGCAAGCGGAUCCAAGUCUACCUCUCCAUCCUGUCCCUGUUGCUCUACAUUUUCACCAAGAUCUCGGCAGACAUCUUCUCUGGGGCCAUAUUCAUCAACUUGGCCUUGGGCCUGGAUCUGUACCUGGCCAUCUUUCUCCUAUUGGUAAUCACUGGCAUUUACACAAUCACAGGGGGCCUGGCGGCGGUGAUCUACACGGACACCCUGCAGACGGCGAUCAUGCUGGUGGGGUCUUUCAUCCUGACCGGGUUUGCUUUUCACGAAGUGGGAGGGUAUGAAGCCUUCAUGGAAAAGUACAUGAAUGCCAUUCCAACUGUGGUUUCCGAUGGAAACAUCACCAUCAGAGAGGAGUGCUACACCCCAAGGAGUGACUCCUUCCACAUCUUUCGAGAUCCCCUCAAGGGAGACCUGCCAUGGCCCGGGCUCAUCUUCGGGCUGUCCAUCCUUGCCCUGUGGUACUGGUGCACCGAUCAGGUCAUCGUGCAGCGCUGCCUCUCGGCCAAAAACAUGUCUCACGUGAAGGCCGGCUGCAUGAUGUGCGGGUACCUGAAGCUGCUGCCCAUGUUCCUCAUGGUGAUGCCUGGAAUGAUCAGCCGCAUCCUGUACACAGAAAAAGUGGCCUGCACUGUCCCCUCGGAAUGUGAGAAACAUUGCGGCACCAAGGUGGGCUGUACCAACAUUGCCUAUCCGACCCUCGUGGUGGAGCUCAUGCCCAAUGGGCUGCGAGGCCUGAUGCUGUCAGUCAUGUUGGCUUCCCUCAUGAGCUCCCUGACCUCCAUCUUCAACAGCGCCAGCACCCUCUUCACCAUGGACCUCUACACCAAGAUUCGGAAGAAAGCAUCGGAGAAAGAGCUCAUGAUUGCAGGAAGAUUGUUCAUCCUGGCGCUGAUUGGCAUCAGCAUCGCCUGGGUGCCCAUUGUGCAGUCAGCGCAAAGCGGGCAGCUCUUUGAUUACAUCCAGUCCAUCACGAGCUACUUGGGACCACCCAUCGCCGCUGUCUUCCUGCUUGCUAUUUUCUGUAAGAGAGUCACCGAGCCGGGAGCCUUUUGGGGACUGAUCAUAGGAUUUCUGAUCGGGGUGGCCCGCAUGAUCACCGAGUUUGCUUAUGGCACCGGGAGCUGCAUGGAACCCAGCAACUGUCCCACGAUUAUCUGUGGCGUGCACUACCUGUACUUCGCCAUCAUCCUCUUUGCCAUUUCUGUCAUCAUCAUCGUGGUUGUCUCCCUCUUCACCAAGCCCAUCGAAGACAAGCACCUCUACCGCCUGUGCUGGACCCUGCGCAACAGCACAGAGGAGCGUAUCGACCUGGAUGCGGAAGAGGAAAGCGUCCAAGAAGCCCCAGAGGAGACUCUUGAAAUAGAGUAUCCUGAGAAGAAGAAAGGAUGCUGCAGGAAGGCCUAUGACCUGUUCUGUGGCCUUGACCAGCAGAAGGGCCCCAAGAUGACGAAGGAAGAGGAGGCAGCCAUGAAGCUGAUGAUGACGGACACCUCCGAGAAGCCUUUGUGGAAGACGGUCGUGAACAUCAACGGCGUCAUCCUGCUGGCCGUGGCCGUCUUCUGCCAUGCAUAUUUUGCCUGAGUCCUGCCUUUUGCUGCAGACUGCUCCCCUAAAGGCUGGACCAUUUGUUUUGCCUCCCUUUCGUCCCUUUCUGUGGUAGUGAAGGGAAACCAGCCAGUUGUAAAUUUUGACCAGUUGACAAAUGUACACAUGUAUAAUUGUAAGAUAACUGGAUAAAAGUGAUUAAUUUGCUGUUAACUUAUGUAUUUGAGGCCAGUGUGACAUAGUCAGGUAUACGUAUCAGAGCCGCAGAAGAAAAGUCCACUCAUUCAUGAAGAAGCAGACUAAGGAACAGAAGUCCCCGCACGUCUGAUGCACAUUUGUCUCAGGCAGACUCAGCACGUCAACAUUGUCUGUGAUCCUUGAAUGUCAUUUUUCAGAGCUGUAGCCCACUUGGUUCCUGCCACUUGCCCUAUCUGAUCCUCCUCAAUUUCUUUUUUAGAGAAAAACUUUACUUCUCAUCAUAUCCCUGUCAAAUUUUUUUUUGGCACAGAAAAAUCAACCUGUUAUUCUGAUAAACCCUUUGAAGCUAAGGGUGGGAGCUAGAUGGGGUCCCUCACUGGGUGUUUGCUGUUUGAAGGAGAGAACAGGGCCCUGAGAGUAGUAUUUACCCCAAAGCAACAAAAAGCCAAAUGGAAAUAUUGUUAUUAUAAGAGAGGCAUUUUUUAUUUUGUCAUUUUGGAAGGUCAGAGAAAAGACAACACACCAGCUACAAGGCAAUCUUUCAAAAGUGGUUAAUUGGUCAAGAACAAUGACACUGAGCAAACUGUCAACAAAUUCCAAGGCCAGUGUGGGGGGAAAGAUAAUCUGAAUUUGCUGAGCUUCUUGAAAGUGUCCCCUGGGGGUUCCUCAUGUCGGAGAUCUCACUCAUGGUGGCAUUCGCCGUGCCUGGAACAUUUCCGCCACUCAGCGAUGUUGGUGAAGAGUAUGGGCAUUAUUUAUAAACACACUUUAUUUUUGGUUAACUUCUUUUGUGACUGCACAAAGCACUCACCGUGGUGACUGUCAUGUACUUCCCAGAGGCCACUCUUCCUCCCGGUGUGGAUGUUGACACAUGGGCUCAGAAGUUGAUUCUGUGGCACAUCACAGAGCAAGCAUGCCUCUUGGGGCAUCUGACAUUGCAAAGCAGCCGUCCUGAAAUAUUGAAACAAUUAGCCUGAGAUCCUCCUCCACAUGAGUGCACAUGGCCACUGACCCUACUCUUUUCAGUUGUCCGAUUGGUGACCAUCCCCUGACCAAGGUCAAGGUUCAUGGUCUUUGUUCCAUGUGGUUAGUGCUCAACACUUUUAGCUGAGGGGAGUGUAUUUCUUGUUGAAUGUUUGUUUCCUAGAGAGAAAUAUUUUAAAUUUAACUUAAAUUUAAUGAGCUAACUAGCAUUCUUUCAAGUCUACCUGUGAAACCUUAAUCGUAUUGUAAUAUAAUCUCAUUAAAGUGAAGAAACUCUCAGGAUGGCUGUGUUGACUGACUUCAGGCUAGCUUAGAAAGGGCGGGGUCUGAGGCUCUGUGGAGCUGAGCGUGGUGCCUGCACGUAAAAAUGGUUCAGCAGGAGAAGGAGUCACUUGUUCUCACGGAAGGAAACCCAGAGAUGUCUGUUUGAGGUGCCCUUACAUUCCCCUUAAGCUAGGGAGAGAAGACGGAAAAGUAGAGAAUUUCAGGUGGCUAGCAUUUCUCAGGGUAUUCAGUUUUGUGUGGAGCUUGUGGUAUUUUUGAGUUUUGAGAGGACAGGGUUGAUGCUGAUGUGUGGAGUGGGCACAAAGUAUCAAGUUUGUCCUGGAUUCUGUGUCUGUCUUUGCCAAUGAUUCAUUGUGUAUAUUGUGGUAAAUUAUGUUGUCUCAACUGUGUGUUUUUCUGUUUGAAAAAUGGGAACCUUGGAGCUCAUAGUAUUUCCCUACCUCCUCUGGCUGUGACGAGGUCACUUGGGUAAGGGGAUGGGAGAUACGUACAUGGGAGGUGACAUGCAGAUGUUAUAUUAAGCUGCAUUUAGUCCCAUAAUUAAAAUGUAUUCUUGUACUUUGAUAAAAAUAAACAUUAAAAAUGAUAACA